GGAAGGGUGCAGUUGGGCACAAGAUGAGACUCCCCCUCUGACACUCCAGGCUGGGACGUGCGGGAGGUAGCCAGUCAGCCCCCCAAGCAGCACUUGCGCAGGGAAUUUAGUCCAAAGUGAGUUUGUCAUCUGCAAUAAACACCUCCCGAUAAGUGCCUUAUUCAAGGAUACUACCAUUGGAACUGGAUUUGAACCUGGACCCGCCGAGUGCAAGACACAGGACAAGAAUAUGAAGACUCACAGUAAAUGUGGCUGAUUUCAGGAAUCUCCAUGGUAGAUAUUAGCUGUAAGUCAAAAAGAAGGAAAACAGUUCAAACUUUGUGACAGACCAUCAAGUACAGGACUAUUUUUUUCAUAAGCAAUGAGAGAGAAUGAAACGCUGAUGGCUGUCAGUUAUGGAAACGUGACUCAACCAGGCCUGCUCUCCCAGCAGUUCCCACCUCCCCUGUUACCCAAGCCUGGCAAGGACAAUGUCCGCCUCCAGAAACUUCUCAAGAAAACAGCCAAAAAGAAGGCUGCUGCCCCAGCUUCACAGGCUCCAGCACCUUACCGCUCCAGCCUCUCUCCUGUGACCGAGGCCAGCCCUGAUCUUGAGAAAAGUGACCCCUCGACUCCUCCCAAGACACCUGAGACACCAAUCUAUGGAAUCAGUACUCAUCCCAGAUUUUCUGUCAGACCUCUGUAUCAGCAUAUAGCAUCCCCUUAUCCACACCUGCGAGCAGCAAAGAUUGCAAGGUUUUCCCCCCCUGCACAUGCCCCUUUGGUCCACAGCAGUUUCCAGCUGACAGCUCCACUCCAUGUGAGUAGUGAAGCAGAGUGCACUGAGGCUGUGUCAAAAUCAGCACCCACUCUGCAGUCAACACAAUGGCAAGCUCCAGUUAUAGAACAGCGUCCAAAACUAGCUUCCCCCAGAGCCCCUCAUACAGGUAUAGCUCCCGGAAAACACAGUCUACAAGCCUUGACCACGGAGGUCCCUAAAGCCAAAAAACCUAUGUUUGAUGUACCCCAGAUAACAAUGUAUACGGCUAAAGCUUCAUUUUAUGAGAUAAAGUCGCCCUUAUAUGAUAGUUCAGGAGUAAAGACAAGGAAUAAGACACCAACAUUUGAAGUCAAAAGAGGUACAACCCCAACUUCUGAAUUGAAAAGAGUCGCAACACCAACGCAUGAAGUCAUGAGAAGUAUAACACCAACACAUGAAGUCAAGAGAGGCUCAACACCAACACAUGAAGUUAAGAGAGUCUCAACACCUACACAUGAAGUCAAGAGAGGCGCAACACCUACACAUGAAGUCAAGAGAGUCGCAACACCUACACAUGAAGUCAAGAGAGGCUCAACACCUACACAUGAAGUCAAGAGAGGCUCAACACCUACACAUGAAGUCAAGAGAGGUGCAACACCUACACAUGAAGUCAAGAGAAGCUCAACACCUACACAUGAAGUCAAGAGAGGGGCAACACCUACACAUGAAGUCAAGAGAGGCUUAACACCUACACAUGAAGUCAAGAGAGUCGCAACACCUACACAUGAAGUCAAGAGAGGCGCAACACCUACACAUGAAGUCAAGAGAGGCGCAACACCUACACAUGAAGUCAAGAGAGCCGCAACACCAACACAUGAAGUCAAGAGAGGCGCAACACCUACGCAUGAAGUCAAGAGAGCCGCAACACCAACACAUGAAGUCAAGAGAGGCGCAACACCUACGCAUGAAGUCAAGAGAGGUGCAACACCAACACAUGAAGUCAAGAGAGCUGCAACACCACCAUCUGAAGUAAAAAGAGGUACUACACCAACGUAUGAGUCCCGCAGAAUUUCAACACCAACAUAUGAAAUUUCUGUUGCAAGAACUCCUUCAGGACGGCCAAAGACACCCUCAUACUCAGCUCCACGAGCAAAAACCCCGGUUUUUGAAGUAUCAAGAGCUAACCCUCUUUUAUUUGCAGCUUUUUCUCCUUCAGCUUCAUCCCAGGAAGAAAAUCUGUCCACUGUACAGAGACCUAAGACACCAACUUCACUUUCAUCUGCAACUAAAAUGACUCCAGAUAAAAGUUUAAAACCAGACAUCUCUUUAGAUUCUAAAGAAUCCAGAACUGUACAUGAUGUUUCUGCCCUCGAGACUUCAAGAACAGAAAAAACUACAGCCAUAGCUUCAUCUAAGUAUGAAAAACCCAAGACCCCUACUUCUGAAAGUGCUGAAACUCCAUCAUUUGGAUAUCAAAGGCCAAAAACUCCUACAAAGGAGUCCCCUAAACCAGUAGUGUCCUCAUUUGGAAUUCAAAGGUCAAAGACUCCAACAUAUGGAACAUCUAAGUCAAUAACACCUCAAAUGGGGUAUCAUAGACCUAAAACACCAAUAUUUGAAGUCUUAAAACCUAAACCGUACUAUGGACUGACUCCAGCUGAAUAUGUUGCUUAUGGUGGAAUCCAAAGCAUCACUCCAGUUUAUGCAGUUUCAAGACCUAAGACACCAACUUACGAAGUACCACAAUCUGAAACACCUACCCAUGAGAUAUCUAAGGAAACUUUGCAUGAAGUUUCCAAGCCUAAACCAAUUUCUGAAGAACCAGAAACAACUUCCAGUAAGGAAUCAAUAUCUACAACUUCUCCAAUGGAGCAUGCGGCGGCAAGAUCAAAAACACCUUCCAAUGAGAUGAGGCCAAUGCAUGAUUUGGAAAUUACCAAAUCUAUCAGAACUGACACAGAAAAACUGGAAGUCCACACUUUUGGAGUGCCCAGAGUUAAAACGCCUACCUAUGAAAAACAAAGGACUAAAAUACCAACUCUGGAGACACUAAGUAUUAGAACCCCUGCUUUGGAGAUGCAAAGGGCUGAAUCAUCAUUAUCUGAAGUGACGAUGCAAGUUUCUCAAAAAAUAACACUGAAAACACUUAUCUCUGAAGGACAACAACUUGAAACACCCUCUUCAGAAGCACAAACACCUAAACUGACAUUAGCACCAAGAGCUAGCCCUUCUCCACUGGACACAUUGGAGAAGAGUACUCCAAUAUACCCAUCUGAAAUGGUUAAAACACCUGAUAAAGAAUUAAGUGUUACCAAAAGAGUAUUAAGCCAAACUGUGGCUGAGCCAAGUGUUCCACAACAAGUACUGCAGCCAGAAGAACAACUCCAACCUACAGCUUCUGAAAAAACAGAACCAAUUCUGAGCACCAUGUCUAUCCCUAUCCCCCAAGUCAUUUCUUCUUUGCAUCCUCCAACUGUCACUGACAGCACAAUUCUUCCUCCAGUUCAGCUGGGUGACAGCACUAAAGACAGAGAAAAAUCUGUGAUGGACAGUUCAGCUGAGGCCGAAGUAAAAACGUCACAAGACAAAACUUCUGGUAGACCUGCGGUGUCAACCAUACCAUCAUCUGAGGAUCAAGGAGUCAUCUCAUUCCCAGAAGCUGAACCAUUACUGAAAGUAGUGCAGAAACCAAAGGGCCUGAAAUCAAAGGUCAGUGGGUGGUCCAGGCUCAAGAAGCACAUGGUAGUGGAACCUGAAGAGCCCAAGUUUCCAGAACCAGAACCAGAGUCCAAGAAGGAUGCCCCUGUUGAUCAGCAUGAGAGGCCAGAUGGGCAGGAAAAGACUGGUGAGGGAUCUAUUGGCCAAGACGAGCCAAAAGGGAAAGAUUCCCCGAGGGCUGCUAAAAUGUGGGAUGCUGUCCUCUUCCAGAUGUUCUCCACCAAAGAGAACAUUUUACAACAGAUCAAUGCUAACAAGAGGGAGGAGGAGAAAAAGGAUAUAGUAAAAGAUGCCAAAGAAAUACCGUCAUUCGUUCACCGCUUGCCACUCCUCCUGUAUAGCCCUCGAUUUGAUGCCAGGAAGCUGAAGGAAGCAGCUUCAAAGUCAACAACCAAAAUUUCAACAGUGUUUGAGAUGGGGCUGAUCACUCGCAAGCACCAAGAUGAAGAACCAAAAGACUUCAACAGAACUGCUAAGGGAUUCAGCGGUACAAAAACUACUGAUUCCUGAUGGACCGUAACAUCUUCCUCAGUUGCUCAAGGGGUACCUGGGGGGGCCAAUCUAUGAUUUUUACCCUCCACUGGUCAGACAUUGCAGAAAAAUACACACUGAUAUGAAACCAGUGAUACAAACAACUGAAUUUUUUAUGUCAUUUCUAACUGAGCCAUUUCACACCACACAAACAUUGUGUUUGCUUUUAAUUACUACCAGUAUACAACAUAUACUGUAAUUAACUAACUGUUCGAAUGAACAUGUUGGUACAUUUUAUCUGGUAAUAUAUUUUUUUCACAAUGUCCAGAAGAAUUUGUCCCACAAAUCAAAUGGAAGGUAAAAAAUUCCCAGUAAAGCUAAUGUAGAAAUAUAACUAAGAAGAAAUAUAAAGUAAGACUUUGAACUGUUGUACUAAGCAUUAACCGCUAUUGCUGAUUUGCAUAUCACGAUGAUGCUACAAGGAAAUUACAACUGGAUUGGAUUUAAUGUAUGCAUGUAUUCAAAGGAAUAUCACUAUUGCAGACCAGAAAGUGUUUUCACAUUUAGUCAUUUUGCAAAAAGUGUCAGUUUUUCAUAUAAUAAACCAGCUAUUCCAGUAGACAUAUUUACUGGACCCCAGAAAAAAGUGAUUAAUUCUUCAUGAAGGUUUCGUAACAUUACAAACAUUAUUCAUAACAAUGAAAAAAUAAUUGUAGGACAAUACUACAUCAAGUAUUCAUUUUAAACUGUGAAACUGAACAGGGGAUAAAAAGUAGUAAAAUGGCACAUACGUUUCCUGUCUCAUGGAAAAUUCCUUGCUUGCUUUUUUUAUGUUUGUUUAGUCAAGAUGUUUUUGCUGUUUUUUUUUUCCAGACAUUAACCAGUCAGUUUGUAAUAUGGUGCUUUUGGGACGAAAAACAUCUCAGCGGACAUGUAGACUGCCGUUUGUUUACAAGUAGUUAGUUUCAUUUUAAAAAGUAUGGAUCACCGCCGUUCGCUGUUACAUGUCUAUACUUUCCUAUGUUUGGGGCUUUACAGAAGUGAUGUCCUCACGGGCCACAGGGUCAACUGGCUGUCAGUCAGCCUCAGCUUGUAGAUGCCUUUCUGAAGUUUGUAAAACACCCCCAGCUGGAAUUUCAGGAAGAUGUGUUGGGCACUAUUGUAAAAGUGUAUAGGACUCUGGCCCUCACGGACCAGGGUUCGGGACCCUGUUUAGUGCUCUUCACUCAGUUGGUCUUUAAGGGCCACUGCUGUUGCACCAUUGACCAGGGCAGUUUACCUUAAUUUUCUUAGUAAAUGUCUGACUGUGUAAAUGGGUAAAUUUAACGCUUUACAAGAAUUUAGAGCUAAAUAGAAGGUGUGCUAAGGAACUACAGGAAAGAACCCUAUAUAAUCAAGUCGGCAGCUACGACUAAAGGACAGGCAGAACAAUGAGACUGUAAAGAGAAGUUAUGUUGAUUGAUGAAUGAGGAGAAAGAAUCAUCCUUAUUUGAAGGAGACAGGAAAGAUGCUGGGGAGGAGCACUAACAUACCUCCCUGCUCAGAAACACUGGAAUAGAUCCGUGGGUUACUGAAUGACGACAAGCAGAGGAAGUCAGUGCUUGAAAGUUGCUGGGAUUGAUAAUAUUUUUUUCAUGAUUUUGGGUUUUAAUUGUUUUCUCGAGGUUAAAAGGAGAAUAAAAGAAGAAGUUCUCAAAGGGUUGUUUGACAACUCCCUCGAUAAGCCGUACUUUUACCGGGGCGUAAAGCCAUGUGCACUAGAAUUUGUUGCAGCAAGUAGCAGAAGAGAAAAAUCUGUGCAGCACGUGGCGAUGGUGUGUAUACGAACCCAACGGUACCUGUUCCGUGGUGUAUUUCCUGAAUGCUUUUUUAAAAUAAAAAAAAAUCUAAGUUGGGACAUAUGGUCUUAAUUCUCUGCUUUAACUCAAAGAAACCAAAAAAAAAAAAAAAAAACACGCAACCAUAAAGCUGUCAAGCGAAGUUGCCAGACUGCCAACCAGAGGAACUAACUGGAUCUUCUGCAUGAACAAAGAGCAAAACCAACAGCCAAAUGGUCUGCGUAUGGCUCUGAAGGAUAUCGUAAUCAUACAAGAAUGAUGUGAUG